AUGUCUCUCGACAAUGUAACCGGUUCCGCCGGACAACUCCCUGUCAACCAAGUCGGAUCAACAAAAAGCGGCGUUGUCAAAAAACUACCUAAGAAAAAACUGAACCAGACGACAAAAGAUUUGAGUGAUCCCGUUAUCCCUGGCCAGUUUCCUUCGGACGAUGCUCCACCAAAAGGACAAGGCGUUGACAACAACAUCUCGUUCUCAUCCAUAUGGUCCAACAUGAAAGCCUGGUUCGCUACGCUCUUCCCGCAAGCCUUCGACUACUUCGAGUCCCUUGUCCAAAAACUAGUUGCCUGGUUACUUCCUCCGCCCCGUCAAGCUGCAAUGUAUGAAGCUGCAUUGAAACGGCCCGCCGCUACGACCUUCCUCAUUUGUCAAAUGAUAUGCUGCGGAGUGCCUCUGUUGGUGUUUUUAGCUGGCGUAUUCGUCUUCGCUGCCGUCUCGAUACUCCUCUGGGCUAUUUUGUCGCUGUUGAUUCUUGGUCCCGUGUUAUUGGUCACAAGCAUGAUGGGUGUGUCUCUAUGGGGCUGGGGAUGGGUCUUCUAUGGCCUGGUUAAAUGGGUGGAUCAACGCUUCUUGGGUGGUAUUAUUACGCGCUUUUGGCUAUCGCACACCCCGGCAGACACAGAUGAUGGAGAAAGUCAGUCCGAAGAAGGGAAGAAAGAAGAAGGGAAGAAGGAAGAAGGGAAGAAGGACGAAUAA